CUCUCUCUCUCUCUCUGUCUCUCUCUCCACCCACAUUAUAUCCCCCUCCUGCUCUAUUUCUUACAUGCCCUUCUUUAAAUUUAUGCAUCCCCUUAGCUUGUCAAAAAAAGUUACACCACUGACACGCCUGUGAGUUCUUGCUUCCUCUCUGGGUGUCUGUUAAUCUUUUUCAAAACCAUCCUAAAGCAUGUUCAUUUAAAGCAAGACAUUGAUCCAGUAAUACGUCUAUGUAUGGAUCAGCUCCAGUUGGAAAAAAAGAGCACCCUCAUUUUCCAGAAAACUAGAUCUCCUUCACAGCAGAGUUUGGCCUUGGAUUCCUUCAACUUUUCGGAGAACUAUUUGAUGAGGCAUGGACAACGUAUAUGACGAAACCACAUCCACCAGAAACGUAUUGAUCGCCUUCUUCAUCCUGGUCUUCCUUGUUUGCCUCCUGGUCUCCCUGUACAUGUGGCUGAACCGCAAGACUAAUGGCCAGUACACAGUCCGCCAACUGAUCUAUGGGCAGGAUGGGGCCAGGGACCGGAUCAUGAGUGGGGUCAGAGUCCUGGAAGUGCGGCUUGGGCGCCGGCUGUGGCCUCUCGGCACGGAUGAGGAGGCCAUAAGAGAGGAGGAACACAAAAAUGAACCGAGUGAUGUGGAGAGAGGGAGCGAGGGAAGGGAAAGUGAGGGGGAGGAGGAAGACGAUGAGAGGGAAGACGGAGGGGAUGACUCGUCGGAUGACUACUCCAGCAUGGGUGGCUAUGACCUGAGGGAGAGAGCAAAGCUCACGGAUGAGAAGGAAGAGAUAAGAGAGCAUGAGGAGAAGAGAGAGGAGAAUAUGAAGGAAAAGUGGGAAAGCAAAGAGGAUGGAGAGUGUGAUGAGGGAGCAGUGGGAGGAGAAAAAAGUGGAGGAGGAGGUUUGCUGAUAGACCUGCAUCAGUUCUCUGGUAGUGCCAUCUGGUCUGAAGAUAGGAGUGAGGGAGUCAGAGACAAGGAUGAUGUGACUGCAUUGUGAGGGAAGGAUCAGCGAGGGAAAAUAGUUCCAUAUUUCAUCUUUGUACAGCAAUAGUGCUUGACAGUAGGUUUUGUCAUCAUUAUCAUCAUAAUUGUAAAUUGUAAACCUUACAAACCAGUGUUACAACCAGAUUACAACAAUCAGAGCAAAGAGCAACAGAGACAAAAGUGUGUGAAAGAAUAAAUCAAAGUGAAUAAAGGGACUGACAAGAGCAACAAUUGCAGAAUGAAUACAUUAAACAAUAUGAAUGUUUUUGAGAUAUUAAAAAGCUUUUUUAAAGGUUUCAUGUGAUAAAGCUCAGGUUUUGGGUGGCACUGUUUUCUGCAUUAGUCUUAUUGCUAUUGGAUUAUUUGUGGCGCAGGGGUCUAAAGCACUGCAUAUCAGCGCUAGAGGCCUCAUUACAGACACCCUGGUUCGAUUUUAGGCUGUAACACAACCAGCUGUGAUUGGAAGUCCCAUAUGGUGGCGUCAUCCGGGGUUGGCCGGUGUAGGCCGUCAUUGUAAAUAAGAAUUUUGUUCUUAUCUGAUUUGCCUAGGUUAAAGGUUAAAUAAAAAUAAAAAUAAAUGAAAUGUGUGUUUUGUAUAUUUUAGGAAUAGCUGUUUGUAUUGAAAUAAAGGGCCUAAUUCGAAUUAUUACUUGAGUUUUUUUUAAUCACAUACAAUAAUUCGUGUAUAACACAUUCACAUUUUUAAAUUAGAAAUAUAAUUUCAUACAACCUAAUCUAAGAUUUACCUGUUGCAAUUUUUAUAUUCCAUUUUGAAUAUCUUUUUACAGGAAAUGGGGAUGUAGCUCAGUGGUAGAGCGCAUGCUUCGCAUGUAUGAGGCCCCGGGUUCAAUCCCCGGCAUCUCCACUGUUUUCUUUUACUGAAAAGGCGUAGGAUGUUACUAGCGUCGGCCGUGGUGGUAUGGGAAUGGCUGAACGAGCACGGGCGCUGGCGGCCUUACAGCCCGGCCGUCUCUCACCACAUCGAGGCAGUCAUCCGCAACGACCCACGGGGUGGUAGUGUUGUCUUAGGCCAGGUGGACUCUCGCCUCUCGCCCUACAUCAUCGACUUGCAUUCCAUGCACCAGUUCCGACAAGAUACAGUUCUGUGGCGUGACCCUCGUCUCUCUACCGUUACCCCAGGUACCCUCCGACCGGUGCGUCGCAGCUUCUACGACCCCACGUCGGCGCCGGGUCAGGGCUGGCUGUGGGAGUGGGAGAACGACACAGGCUCGUGGACAGCCUACGACACAGAGGUGGGCAUUGCCAUCCAGGCAGCACGCGACCGUCAGCAGCCCUGGCUAGACCUGGCGGCACUGGGCUUCUGCUACCUCAUCGACUUUCAGAGCAUGACCCAGAUCAACGGGCAGACGCAGCGCUGCCGCCGCAUCCAACGCCGCUCCGACCUGGCUUACCCUCUGGUGUCUGGGCCCCUUCCCAAGACACACCACGCCUGGGGACCAAGCCCUGGAGGACUACCUGGGGUGGGGGUUUCCGGAGUGGGCAUGGGGAACGGUAGCGCCUACCCCAGCGGCGCCCUGCCGGCCUCUGCCAUCACAUCGCUGGGCCAGCCCUGCGCCUGUCAGCAAUGCAUGCUGGUCCUGAGCGUCAAGGCAGGCGCCAUGGCGACAGCUCACACCCUGGGCAGGAGGCCGCCUCAGAACAAGCCGCCUAGUCCCAAACUAGGUGGUGGUUACUCGGCCAUGGGGGGGUCUUACUCGCUGACUCUCCCCCGCCCCCCCUCCUCCAUGGCCAGGUCCUUGUCCCCCCACAGGACGUCCGCGGGCGGGGCUAGCGGUGGUGUAGGGGUCGGCAGCGGCUUCGCCCACUCGCUCUCCCUCCUGGGUUCGGCCACCGCCGCACUCUCCCUCACCUCUACCCGGCCCCCUCCCCCGCCUCUACCCUCCCUUCCGCCUCCUCCACCGCCUCCACCCUCCUCCAUCGCGUCCAGUGCCAUUCUUCCUUCCUCCUCUUCCUUCUCCAUGGCGUCCUCCGGCCCUCCGUCGAUGCCCGCGCCGGCCCCUCUUCUCAUCUCCACGGCAGCCUCCUCCUGCACCCCCUCACCCUCCGCCCGGGUCCUGGGGCCCGUGUCUUCAACAGCGGCGGCCUGUGCAGCCCCCCUGCCACCUCGUGCCAGCCUUGCCGGGCUCAGCCGACCCGCCCUGCAGCGCAUCGCCAUGGCCCAGUCCAGAGCCCUCAUCGCCUCCGGUGUCCCAACAGUUCCUGUGAAGAACCUCAAUGGAUCUAGCCCUGUCCACCCUGCAUUGGCAGGUAUUACAGGGAUCCUGAUGAGCGCCGCAGGACUUCCUGUCUGUCUGACCCGCCCUCCCAAGCUGGUGCUCCACCCCCCACCCGUUAGCAAGAGUGACAUAAAGCCCGUCCCCGGCCUCGGCCACUGCUGCCGCAAGACCACCAAGAAGCAGGCUCGCAAAGGCAAGACCCCUGAGGAAGUAGUGAAGAGGUACCUUCAGAAGGUCCGCAACCCCCCAGAGGAGGACUGCACAAUCUGCAUGGAGGCCCUGGCUGGGCCCUCGGGAUACAAGGGCCCCGGAGUUGGGGGAAUCCAGCGGGCAGAGUCGGUUGGUCGCCUGGCUCAGUGUGGGCACCAGUACCACCUGCAGUGCUUGGUGGCCAUGUACAACAACGGCAACAAGGACGGCAGCCUACAGUGCCCUACCUGCAAGACCAUCUACGGCGUGAAGACGGGCAACCAGCCACCGGGCAAGAUGGAGUACCACGUCAUCCCCCACUCGCUGCCCGGCCACCCUGACUGCAAGACCAUCCGCAUCAUCUACAACAUCCCCCCCGGCAUCCAGGGGCCUGAGCACCCGAACCCGGGCAAGCCAUUCACCGCCCGGGGAUUCCCCCGACACUGCUACCUCCCUGAUAGCGAGAAGGGACGCAAGGUACUGAAGCUGCUGCUGGUGGCAUGGGACCGCCGGCUCAUCUUCUCAGUGGGCACGUCCAGCACCACGGGCGAGUCGGACACGGUCAUCUGGAACGAAGUGCACCACAAGACUGAGUUUGGCUCCAACCUAACAGGCCAUGGCUACCCCGACCCAGGCCACCUGGACAACGUUCUGGAGGAGCUUAAGGCCCAGGGGAUCACAGAGGAGGAGUGCCUACUCAGAGACUGAGCUAAAGACGGGUCAAUGGGGAAACGGCAACACAGACUUGUUCUGACUCUGAGACGGAGCUUAAACAAUGAACAUACAGACUCAGAGCGACACAAUGGAACAGAGAUGAGAAGAAAUAGACAAAUGAAUAUGUAAAAAAAAGACAGAGAAAUACAGAAAUUAACACAGACAGCGCAACUGUGACAGCAACAGAAACCGAAUGCCUGAAAGACUGCAUACGAGAAGAAAUGACUGAACCGGUGAAAAGAUGAGCCAAGAAAAAGAACCAACGGAAAAUGAAACAAAUAGAGAAACAGACAAAUCGACUGUCUGACUGUAGUUUCUAGCGACACUGACUGAGGUACAACAUCAAACACCCUCUGAACAGGUGGGCUGUGGCUCGGCUGCAUGAUGGAAUGUUUUAGUUUAUUUCUGCUACAUUAAUGGUGGCGUCACAAAAUGUCAUUCAGUGAGACGUUUGAGGCAACAGUGCACAUACAAUUCAGUGUUAGACAGAAGCUGUUGUUUACACUGUGAGAGUUCGACAAGAAUGUACGGAAUCUGUAUUGGUCCAAUUGAAUUCAAUGGUGAACCAAGUUACCAGAGCUGCUCUUAGUGGUAGGAUGAGCGCUAAAAAAGGGUAUUAGUGGGGAUAUGAUAGAUGGGCUAAUGAAUGGUAGCGGGCAAAAAGUAUUAGACCACUGGCAGCAGAGUAACACAUCUGUCAUUACAGAAAACGUUGCCGAGAACGUUCAAAAUAUUUCAUGUUUAUGACUGGAUGUGUGAGCAUGAAUGUGUAAUGCCCUCUAGUGGUACUUAUCGAAAAAUACAUUCCCUUUGCCUCUAUAGGUUUUCUUCUGUAUUUUAUUAAUUGCUGUAUCAUUUUGAAAAUGCAUUGUUGUACAUUUUAAAUAGUAGGUAUAUAUUGGCUCGGUUGAGUUUAUAUCAUUUUUACAUUCCAUUUUGUUUUUACCUUGUUAACGUUGUAUGUUGUCUGUUUGAUUGCUAUAGCAUUAUUUUCUAUAUGUGACAUUGUAAAGAAAUGAGUCAAGCUUGAGUCUUCCUCCAGAGGGCUCCUAAAUAUUACAAGCCUCUGUGGGUGUGUGUUAAUAUCUGAGUUUUUACCUCGGAUGAUUUAAGACUCAUCCGUUGCCAGUCACUUUCAGUAUUAAUGAUUUGGGAACCCUCUCGAUGGGGUGGGUGAGCCUAAAAGCACAAAAUGAGAGUCCUCUUCGAACCAUGUGUGCAUCUCAAUAGUCUUACAUAGCUUCCUCUCCGAUUCUUUCACGUCAAUGCAGAUGAAUGAACAGGGAUGGGGGGGUGGGAAGGCCACUAGACUAUUGAGAUGCACCCCCAGAAGGAAUUAAAUCAGAUAUAAAGCUAUGAUUGGACCUGCCACCAGAGGUCAGAUUUGCACUGCACAGAGCAUCAUCUUUCUUUAUUUCUUCAGUCAAAAGGAAACAUGGAAAGUUAGGCAUGACUUUAAGAAGUUAUAUCUAACAGUUAAAACUACUUUGGGUUUCAUUUUCUUUCUUUUAGACACCAGCUUCAUUCGUCUCUGAGAAAAGCGAACCUUCUGUUGUUUUUGCUGUAAGGAGGUACAAAGAUUUGCUCUGUCGUCGAUCUAACCUGUUGUCAAACGGUCCAGUCGGUUUGUGUUAGGUCGGACCUGCUUAUAAAGCGGUACUAUUGACAAUAUGUUUGAGUAUGUGUUAACAUGCAAAUGGUAGGCCAACAUUUAUAGUUUAUGUUUUUUCUGUAUGUGUGUGUGUGUUUAUGUAUUCAACUUUACAUUAAACAUUUUUUUAAAGGUACGGUUAUAACGUAACUCUAUACUUAAUUAAUUGUAUUUAUUGUGCUCUAUUUUUGUAUAAUUUUUAUCGAAUUGUUUUUUUUUGUAAGUGGCAUAUCUAAACCACAUUUUUUUUACUUUGUAUUGUUUAGCCACAUUUUACAGCUGUAUGACUACAUGAAGUCUUCAUAUCCAUCACAUGACUGCUGCAUUGUACUUUGUGGGUAAAUGUACUGCAUUUGGCACAUGUCAUGUGACCCUGUAUCCCCCCCUCCCCAAUGAUGCCAGCAGCUGGUUUGGAUGUGUUAUGCAGGACUUUAUGUAGUCAUGUUUUAUGUCUAUUCAGUUCUUGCACUGCUCAGUUUGGUAAAUGUAAUUUCCUUUCCCAGGCACAGUUUGACUACAUGUCCGUCAAUGGGAAUAAAACAACGGCUGAAGGCUCAUGACCACUUUGUAAAAGAAACUGUUAAUAAAACCUUUGUAAAAGUUGUAAUGGCGAGAACGAAUGACGUUGAGAACUAUGAUGGCAGAGAAAGUAGUAACGUAUAGAACUACAAAAGACUUGCAUUUAAAGUAACAGUGGGACAAUUAAAAUAACAGUAUUAUGA